CGUCACCCGGUAUUGCUACACUUCACCACUUCUACUACGCACCCUUCGGCCUUGCUCGUCGUCGACAGCGAUGUUCUCCGUCUUCUCGGCGCCAUCGACCGACUCGCUCGCUUACAAGGCCGACAAGCGGGGAGGACUCGCCCGCCUCUAUACCGAACCAGUCCCAGCAUCAGACCAUCGCUUCUACUCGACGCUCCUCUGCCACUUCACAUCUCCCACCCACGCCUUCGACACGUUCUCCAUCCGAGAUGCGCGAGACAUCAGGGAUCGGCAGCCGGAGAAUUUCAAGACGCUCGUGGAGCUACUGGUAGCUCAUUUGGACAGUCUCAAGAGGGAUGAGCUCUUCGCAAAGGAGACGGCGGGCCGGUCUGCCGGACAGGACCUUCUGGCAUUUGGUCAAUGGGUAGCAGCUCCCCUCUCGCCCUUUGCCGGUGCCUUCGGAGGGGGGUCGCAGAAGCCAGGGAGCAGUUCUCAGCCUAGAGAUCGGACGCGAGAGGCUCUCAAUUGUGCUCGGCUGCUUGCAAGGCUCAUACCGGUGCUUAUGGAGGCGGCGCCGCAGAGCGAUCGUCAAGUGGACAAGGAAGAGUUGACAACGCCCUUGGAGGAGCGCGUCCUAUGGUCUAGAGCGUCUUCUUCCAGUGCCAGUGCUCAGCAUACGGAUAGCGGAACCACGCAGGCAGAGGAAGGAAGUCAGUCAGAGGAUGAGCAAUUUGUGAUCGAAGACGAGGAUGAUCCCAGUGCCUCCCCAUCCGAAGCCACCAAGCCGAUACAGAAGCUAGACGAAGCCGUAGCAGCGACAGCCUCGCUCGUUGUGUCCGGUCCUGCCUUGGCCGAGCGGAUUAUUGCCCUAUGCAUAGACUAUCUGUUCUUUCCCGGCUUCUCCCUCCCUCAAUUACCCGAAGACGAUGACACUGGCUCGCCUGACGACUCGAGGGUCCAUUUCGCCAUCUGGGAAAAGGGUGUUGGGUCCUCAGUUGAUCUUCCUGGAACGUCAAAAGAGCAUAUAGCUCAUCGGGUGGAAUUUCUUCGGCUCUUACUCGUCAUGCUCUCCAAGUCGGUGUACGUACCGCCAGCCGCCCAACAGGGAUUCGAAGACCGAGCAUUGCAAUUUACGUGUACCUCGCUCAGCCGGACAGUCACUCUGCCGCUACUUUGCUCUCUGCUCAACACUGCUUGCAGUCCUGACCAAGGCGCGGCAUGGUCUUUGCCCGGCUUCGCAGCACAGCCGGAGACGGAAGGCCGAGAGGCAAUGAGAGCCCUAGCUCUGCAGAUCCUUACAGUACUGCUAGGGUGGUCUCCCGCUGGUCUGCCUACGCCCAUUGCAUCAGCAGCUCGACCGAGCUUGGACAGGUCGCAAUCGACAGUCUCAGUCGAGUCCACUUCAGCUACUUCAGGCAAUCAAUUUGCGCACUGGCUUUCGAAGAUCCACCGAGUCGCCGAUCUUGGCAUGAUUUCAUCCUCUCUGUUCGCUCUCCUCCGCCCGGCAGCGACUUCGCUGAUCUCGUUACCCUUGGCUCCGUCAGCAUCGUCAAGUCAGAACUCUUCCUCGCAAAGAGGGGUCUACAGCCGUUCGCCGGAAGUGCUAUCUCUUCCCUGGCAUAUCCUACGCAGCAAUCCCAAGUUCAAGUCCCAUGUCCUCGACGACCCUGUUCGUGCGCCUUUGCUGCUCAGCAUACUGCUCAGCCAGGCCCUGCUGGGAAAGGACUCUGUGCCUCUGCACGGCCUGGUACGCCUUUCACUGUUCAUCUUGCAGGACGUGUCUGCUCACACGGGCUUCGCAAAGCAUAUAUCUGCCCCCAACUCAGCCAGCAAGUGCAACCUGCCGGCUAAGUUCGCCUCCUUGGCCAACGGUGCGAGCUCUGCGGCCGAUAUCCUGAUCGCGGCGAGCUACUCGCUAUUAACCAACAGAGGUUUGGGCUCGAACGGACUUGGUGUUCAUCCUGUCAUCUUGAUCACUUUGGCCAACUGCGCGCCCUUCUUCGUGGCGUUGACGAUUCCAUCGUCGACGAGACUCUCUCUCCUUCUGGCGCAGGUGUCCAAUGCUGCUUUUCUCCUAGCAGACGAAGGACACCCGAGAUCCCUCUACUUCCUGUUGGAGGCUAUCAAUUCUAUCUUGUUGUACCAAGCGGACUCUAAUAGAAACAUGGUGUACGCUCUUCUGAGUAAGAGCAAGGAGGUGAAGAGGCUGGAGAGCUUUACUCUGAGAAAGGGAAUCGCGGAGAUCAGGAGGAAAGCCGGAUUGGCCCGCAUAGGUGGUGCAUCGUCAGCUCCGACCACUCCGGCUGGGGAAGCCACCCCGGGCUUGAGCGAAUCGGCUGCUCAGCCCUCUGGAGCUUCGAAGUCGGCCGAAGAGGAGAAAGCUCUAUUGGCAGCGCGAGACACGGCGACAUCCCCAGCAGCGCAGGAAGCCGAGGAGGAAGGAGCCCCCGCAGUUCCGAGCGCGAAAGCGCUAGGCAAGGCGAGGAGGAUCUCUGCCGCAGAACCAUUGUCGUCUGCUCAGACUGAAGGAGACGAAGCACCGGUUGAAGCUCAAGAGUCUGGCGGCGCUGGCAAGGAGCAACCUGAGGGCAGAAAAGACGAUGGUGCUGAUGAGUGGGUGAAUCGACUGGAUGACGGUGAGCUGUUCGAAGCUGCUAGCAGAGUUGGUAAGAAUGGCUUUGUCCCCAGUGAGGAGUGGGUAAAGAGCUGGGUUGAUGGGCUACCUCUUACUCCCCUCAACAAGCUCUUCGAAGGCCUUCUGCCAGAGAUGGAGAUCCUCUGCUCCACGGGCCCCGGGGCGGAGAAUGUAGAGAGCGUCAUUGCCUGGCUGCGGGAGCAAGAUCUCUCCUCGCUCUUUCCCAAGAUGGACCCCUCAACAGCUUUCACCCCUAGGCCAUUUCAGUGGACGACGCAAGUCGAUAUCUGGUGGUGGAGCUUCAUCUGGGGCUCCAUCUAUGUGGCGCAUUCAUCCCUGGGCCUCUUUACGCCCGAGGGGAUGAAGCUCUUCCAUCUCAUCUUGCCUCCUCAAGCCCAAGGUCAGGCUCAAGCGAGGAAGGAAGACGGACGGCCUGCGAGUACAGAUCCGAUGAAGAUGCUGACUGGUGCCUUUGAUUGGGUUGGGGGAGCGCUGGGUAUCGGAGAGAUGACGACGACGACGACGACGGCGAGCAGAGGUCAGGGAGAUUCGGGCAGGCCGAAGGAGGGGACUGAUGGAACUGCUGCUGCCGCUGUCGCUGCUGGUCAGCGCGAGGCAGAAGGAGGUAUCGUGUAAAUAGUCUAGAACAGUCUUCCAGAGUGAUGGCGUCCAAAAAGGGUCCACUCCUCGCUUGUCUCCCUCAUGUGACAUCCCACCUUCCCACCAUGGGUAGACUAC